ACAUGCAUCUGAUCCCAAAGCACGGUGGUGCCAAAGUUGUGCAGGGCGCGGUUUUAGCCGCGUCUCAAUCGCGUCACCUCGGCUUCGUGACCAGAUUCCGAGAGAAGAUGGCCGAUCGAAAGAAGCCCGUGGUCUCGGUCCUCAAUCUGACGGGGCAAAUCGCCCCAAACAUGGGCGGAGGGUCGGCCUUCGGUCGGAACAAAAACUUGAAUGUUGACAAUCUGCAAACCCAGAUCGAGCGCGCCUUCGCACCCAAGAAACUGGCUCAAGUGUUGCUCAAGAUCAACUCGCCUGGCGGCACUCCCAGCCAAUGUGAAUUGAUAUCCGAUUUGAUCUGGCUCAAGGCCAAGGAGAAAAAGGUUCCUGUUGUGAGUUUUGUUGAAGAUAUGGCCGCUUCCGGAGGUUAUUGGUUGGCCUGCGUGGGCGAGAAGAUCUUUGUCACCAAAACCAGUACCGUGGGCAGCAUUGGGGUCAUUUAUGCCAAUUUCGGACUGGACCAGUUUAUCCAACGCUAUGACAUAUCAAGACGAGUCAUCACGGCGGGCAAGAGCAAAAGUCUCAUGGACCCUUUCCAGCCCACCAAAGAUGCGGACGUGUUGCUUUUGCAAGAGAUCUUAACCAACAUUCACGAGACUUUCAAAGAUCACGUUCGUCGAAGUCGACAGGAUCGUCUGAAAGCCGACGACGAUACCCUGUUCAAUGGACAGAUUUGGGUGGGUCAAAAAGCUGUGGAUCUGGGUUUGGCCGAUGGAAUUGAUACCAUUAAUUCGUAUGUGGACCGAGAAUUCGGCAAGACUGUCCAAGUGAUCCGCGUUAAGGGGCCAAGCGGUCCAUUGAGCAGACUUAUGGGUGGGGCCGAAUUUGAAUUCGGUGGACCUUCUUCGAUGCUAUCGAACUCGUUGACGCUUCGAGCCGUCGAGAACGAAACAUUGUUACUUAAUAAGUUCAAGAUGUAAGCCUGUUAUAUUGUGAACAUUUUUAGUGGCAGCUUCUGA